UUUAUUCCAGGAUACCACUAGUGUUUUCCCGGCUUCAUUCUCUCCCCCAUUUCCAUUAGGAUCGCUACUUCGUCGACUCUCCUUAUCUUCUCCACUCGUCCAAACCUAGCGAAUCCCUCUUACGUACUUCCAUCUAGCUUUCGCCUAGACUUUCUCCCUUAUCUCCGAACCCUAACUCUAACAACCUGCGGAAGUUCACCCACUAGGGUUCCGCUUACCAUGCCGUCCAUCCUCGUCCCUGGCAAGAUCCACCGCCUGGAGCUCGAGAAUUUCAAAUCCUACAACGGAAGGCAGACCAUCGGCCCCUUCUCCGACUUCACCGCCAUCAUCGGCCCCAACGGCUCCGGCAAGUCCAACCUCAUGGACGCUAUCAGCUUCGUGCUUGGUGUCCGCUCUGCCCACCUCCGUGGAUCCCAGCUCAAGGAUCUCAUAUAUGCUUUCGAUGACAGCGAUAAGGAGAAGAGGGGGAGGAGCGCCUUCGUCCGUCUCGUCUAUCUCAUGGCGAACGGGGCAGAACUCCAGUUCACUCGGGCCAUCACUAGCGCUGGCAGCAGCGAGUACCGGAUCGAUGGACGCGCCGUGGGAUGGGAUGAGUAUAAUGCGAAGCUCAAAUCGAUUGGCAUCCUUGUGAAGGCACGAAACUUCCUCGUCUUUCAGGGUGAUGUUGAGUCAAUUGCCUCAAAGAAUCCUAAAGAACUUACUGCUCUGCUUGAACAAAUUUCUGGAUCUGAUGAGCUUAAGAAAGAUUAUGAGGAUUUGGAGGAGCAGAAAGCUCAGGCUGAAGAAAAAUCAGCACUUGUUUAUCAGGAAAAGAGAACAAUCGUGAUGGAGCGAAAGCAAAAGAAAGCACAAAAGGAAGAGGCAGAGAAACAUAUGCUUCUACAAGAAGAGCUGAAAUCUUUGAAGAUAGAACAUUUCCUAUGGCAACUUUUCAAUAUUGAAAAUGAGAUGGAAAAAAUCUCUGAUGAACUUGAUAAAGAAAAGAAAAAGUUGGAGGAAGUUCUCUCAUUACAGAAGGAGUGUGACUCUGAGGCAGACAUGAAAAAGAAAGAACAAGCUGGCUAUCUCAAAGAGCUGUCCAUACGGGAAAAGAAAAUUGCAAAGUUGAAACUUGAGCUUGAUAAGAAGCAACCAGAACUUCUGAAAUUGAAGGAGGAAAAAUCUCGCAUUAAUUCAAAGAUUAAAAGCAUCUUAAAAGAGUUGGAGAAAAAGAAAAAAGAUCAAAGGAAGCAUGCAGAGGAAAUAGUUAAGCUGCAGAAGGAUCUGCAAGAUAUCACUGAAGCUAUUCAUGAGCUCAAUGAGCAGGGUAAGCAGGGUUUUGGAAAACUUCAACUAGCAGAUGAUGAACUAAGUGAAUAUCACAGAAUAAAGGAAGAGGCGGGAAUGAAGACUGCUAAAUUAAGAGAUGAAAAAGAUGUUCAAGAUAGGCAAUUACAUGCAAACAUAGAGGUGGAACAGAAUUUGGAAGAAAAUCUUCAGCAGUUGCUUAAUCGAGAAAGAGAGCUGUCCUCUCAAGAGGAUGAUUCCCAUAAAAGAUUAAAGCAAUUAUCUGAUUCAGUUACAGGGUAUAAGAAGGAGCUUGAAAAGCUUAAGAAGGAACUGAGUAAGAUUACAAAAGAUCGCCAGAGUUCAGGGUCGAAAUAUCAGAGUCUAAAACAGAAACUUGAUGAAGUAGAUCUUCAAUUACGUGAGCUAAAAGCUGAUAAGCAUGAAAGUGAGCGAGAUGCUCGGCUCUCUGAAACUGUUCAGAGUCUCAAAAGGCUUUUUUCUGGGGUUCAUGGUCGUAUGACUGAACUUUGCCGUCCCUCACAGAAGAAAUAUAACCUGGCUGUCACGGUUGCUAUGGGAAAAUUUAUGGAUGCUGUGGUGGUUGAAGAUGAGAAUACAGGAAAAGAGUGUAUCAAGUAUUUGAAGGAGCAACGACUCCCUCCCCAGACAUUCAUCCCUUUGCAGUCAAUCCGUGUGAAGCCAAUAACUGAGAAAUUGCGUAAUCUAGGCGGAACUGCACAGUUGGUCUUUGAUGUGAUACAAUUUGAUCGAUCCUUGGAGAAAGCCAUCUUGUAUGCUGUUGGGAAUACUCUUGUAUGUGAUAAGCUUGAUGAAGCUAAAGCUUUAAGCUGGACAGGAGAGAGGUAUAAGGUUGUCACCACUGAUGGAAUUCUCCUCACAAAAUCUGGUACAAUGACUGGCGGGUUAAGUGGUGGAAUGGAAGCCAAGUCAAAUAAGUGGGAUGAUAGCACGAUCGAAGCUCUUAAAAAACGGAAGGAUCAGCUGGAAUCAGAAAUGGAGAGUCUUGGGUCCUUGAGAGCAUUACAAAUAAAAGAAUCUGAAACAUCUGAAAAGAUCACAGGGCUUGAAAAGAAAAUUCAUUAUGCCAAAAUCGAGGAGGCAAAUAUUCAUGAAAAGCUUUCGAAACUAACUGAUGAAAAGCACAAUAUCAGAGAGGAGAUUGAUCGCCUAAAACCUGAGCUUCAGAAGUUGAAAACUGCUAUUGCUAGAAGAUCUGAAGAGAUCCAAAAACUUGAGAAAAGGAUCAAUACAAUUGUUGAUCGAAUUUACAAGGAUUUCAGUGAAUCUGUUGGAGUGAAGAACAUUCGCGAAUAUGAAGAGGAACAACUUAAAGCUUCUCAAGAAAUGUAUGAGAGAAAGCUUAGCUUAAGCAAUCAAAUGUCAAAGUUGAAGUACCAACUAGAGUAUGAACAAAAGCGGGAUAUGAAGGCCCCAAUUGCAAAGUUGGAAUCCUCAAUUGAUUCUUUAAAGGAAGACUUGAAAGAUGUAAAACAGAAAGAAUCUAAUGCGGAGAAAGCAGCAGCAGAAAUUACAGACCAGAUGAAAAUAAUAGAAGAAAAAGCUGAUGAGUGGAAGGUCAAGUCAGAUGCGUGUGAAGAUGCUAUUGACGAACUAAAAAAAAAGAGUGACAGUUUCAAAGGAACUAUUGGGAAGCUGGAGCGAGUUAUAAAUUCUAAGGAGGCACGACUUGAACAGCUUAGAUCUAGUAAGCAAGAGGUGCUUGAUAAGUGCGAGCUUGAGCAGUUGAAACUCCCCAUGGCCAAUGAUGGAAUGGAAAUUGAAUCUUCUGGCACACAACCUGUCUUCGACUAUACUCAGCUGAGAAGAACAUAUUUGCAGGAGAUGAGAGCUUCUGAGAGAGAUAAACUUGAGUUAGAUUUCAAGCAAAGGAUGGACAAUUUGAUGGUUGAAAUUGAACGAACCGCUCCUAACUUAAAAGCACUUGAUCAGUAUGAAGCACUACAAGAGAAAGAAAAGGAAGUAAUUGAUAAAUUUGAAGCAACUAGGAAAGAAGAGAAGGAAAUAUCUGAACGAUAUAACUCUGUUAGACAAAAAAGGUAUGAACAUUUCAUGGAGGCCUUUGAUCAUAUAUCUAAAAGUAUAGACAAAAUUUACAAGCAAUUGACGAAGAGUCAAACACAUCCUCUCGGGGGGACAGCUUAUUUGAACCUAGAAAAUGAAGAUGAACCUUUCUUACAUGGAAUCAAAUAUACAGCCAUGCCCCCUACCAAACGGUUCAGAGAUAUGGAGCAGUUAUCAGGUGGUGAGAAAACGGUUGCAGCCCUUUCCUUGCUCUUUGCAAUUCACAGUUACAGGCCAUCUCCAUUCUUUAUACUUGAUGAAGUUGAUGCAGCUUUAGAUAACCUGAAUGUUGCCAAGGUUGCUGGGUUCAUUAGGUCCAAAUCAUGUGAUGGUGCUCGGAGCAGCCAAGAAAGUGAUGGAGGAUGUGGUUUCCAGAGUAUCGUGAUUUCACUCAAGGACAGUUUCUAUGACAAAGCUGAGGCAUUGGUUGGAGUUUAUAGAGACUCUGAUAAAAGCUGUUCAAGAACUUUAACAUUUGACCUAACCAAGUACAGGGAGUAAUGAAGCUUCGUCAGGAGAGCUUCAUCGUGCCUGCUACAUGCCUAUUUGUUUAAGAUGAUUGACCCUGAUCCAACACAAAUUGUUAGUUUCUGAUGAAUAUAUUGUAAAAAGGUAGUAUGUCCUUGCGUUGUUUGCCACUUUGUUGUCCAUUCGUCCAUAGCUACAUGUCUUCUUGUCUAACCAUUUGGAAGAGUUUCUUCAACACUAGCAGUUAGGAUGUCUUAGCUUUGUUUACUACAGAUACUUCUUGUUCAUAAGUAUGCAAAUGUUGAUUUGGGAUUUUUGAUUUCAUAUUUGAGGGUGGUUGUUUACCUCUAGCAA